UGCUUUUUCAGGGAGCAGAAUUGGACAGAAGAGAUAAACUGAUGGAUCUCCUGUGUCCUCCUUGAAGAAGACUUUGGGCUGUUUUGUUUGUGCUCUGGUACCUGAGUAUUUCCACUCCUCAGAUUUGUUGGAGUUUGGAGGAAGCUGGGCCACUCUAGCUUGGUGGUUUGUUGGUUUUGGGGUCUGGUUUUUGCGUUUUUCAGUGUAGCUUGGAAUUACCCUGCACUUUCACAAUCAAAUUAAGCUAAAGCACUCACUGGUUUUGAGGAACUUUAAUUAGUUAAUUGGCUUCUUUGAUGGCCUCACCCUGACUUGUCUACUCUCCACGACGGGCUUUUACUAUUCCUUUGUGGUGUCAGAGCUGUGGUUUGGGUGUCAUGUGUGGCUCAAUUUCGGGAGUUUUGGGCUAUACUCCUUGUGUUCCCACCCAAAUAUCCUCUGUCAGCUGUGGCAGGACUGAGACGCUCCUUGGAGCUGAGAAAUCCCAUCAGGCAGGGAAGGGAAGGGAACAUUGUGCAGAUCCAGCUCUGCAGUGUGGGCUGGUUUCUGUGAAAGCUCCAAGGGAGGGAUGGCGUCCUGCAGGGUAAGAUCCUUUCAGCUCUGGAAUUGGGGCAGCAAUGGGCUGAAGGUGAUCCAGCAGCCCUUGGCACAGUCAGAAUGUGCUGCUGGAUGUGACAUUGUCAGCUGGGGAGAAAACACUGCACGUUGUCAGGCAUUCCAAGCCUGAGCUUCACCAGAACUGGGCUUUGUUACUCAGAGAUCCUGUUUUCCCCUCUAGAGCAGAUUAAAUAUUGAGUCUUCACCGAGGAGUCACCUCAGGAUGUGAGAGUCUGCCUCUGUCAUAGGUAAUUGUACCUGGGGGGGCAUUAAAACUUGUGCUUCUUGCACCUCUUAUCACAGAAUUUCCCAGGUUAUUGUUUGUGGAAGAGGAAACAACUGGAAGCCAGAUAACCAGGCUGGUGCUGGAGAUUUGCUUUUGCUUUUAUUUUUAAGUAAGUGAAUUGAAUGGUGUAUUUGGGAAUUGUGUUACUGGUCUUCCCUCCGUUAGUUCCACCAACGUGGAAUGGAAUAGAACUGCAGAGUGCCAAAAUCUUGGACACUUUUCCAGUUUUCCUGAGCAGGCCAAAGUCUGAAUAUAAAGGAACUUGCUUGAGUAGAUAGAAAUAGCACAUUUGCUGUAUAAUUACAGAAAAUUGGCUCAUAGUUUCUUGUAAGGCUGAGACAAUUUUCCUUCUGCCUUGGCCAAUAUAUAGAAGGUAAUUAAUGGACAAAUCAUGUUCAUAAAUCAGAAUAAUUCCUGCGCUUCCCCUGGAGUUAUUCAAGGCUACUGAAAGCAUUUCUCAACAUCCAGGUGGUUUUCCUAUGGUUUACAAGAAGCAGUUUCACUGUCACUACUGAAUCUUCUGUGCUGAGCUGUGGACCAGGCUGCUGGGUUUUGCUGGAGAAGGUGAUGGAACCAGCAAUGGCUUUUUGUUCUCCUUAGCCAAAUAUCCAAGGCUGGCAGUGCCAGGCCUGCAGUGGGACAGCACAGCUCUGCUUUCUCUGCAUCUCCCAUGGUUUCCCAUUUGCUCACUUCCAGUAAUGAGCAGCUUCUCAGAGAGCAUCUCCUGAAUUCUUCUUGUCUUGAACAUCUCAGGAAGUGUCCAAGGCCAGGCUGGAUGGACUUGGAGCAACCUGGUAUAGUGGAACGUGCCUCUGCCCAUUUGUUAAAUAAAUGAAUGGAAGAUCUUCAAGGAUCUUUCCAACCCAAACUGUUCUGGGUUAUCUGCAGUGCAUGUGUUUCUUUAUGACAGUAACUCCAGCAUAUUUCCAGCAGAACAUGGUGGCAUAUCUCGGCGAUGCUUAAAUGACUCUUGGCUCCUCGUUUCUCCUUGGAUUUGGUGGCUCAGUUGGAAAUUCUGGUUUCUGGUGGUACCAGUGAUCUCUGUGCUGGCUUCUGAUUCAUUGCUGAAACUUACCCUGAAUUGCUGCAGGAGAUUGAGAAACACUCUAAAAGGGAAUGCUCACCCCCAGGGUGGUGUCCUGACUGCCCGGGGAGCGUGUGUGGGAUGAGGCUGAACCUGGGAUGAGCUGUGCUUGGGGCUGCAGAGAGGAGAUCCCAUCCUUCUCCCUGUUCCCUUGUGCUGCUUUUGGUACCUGCAGGACUGUGCUGCCUGAUUUACUUGUGAGCCCAGUAAGAACGUGUGUGUUUCCUUUUCCAUCCUUGGCUUUCUGUGGGAUUAGGGCUGCAGAUUGUCUCCCUGCACAUCUGGCUUAGUGGAACUGUUGGAGCCUGCGAGAAGGGGCAGCUGCCCCUGUCCCCAGUCAAAGCUGUGAGAUCUCCCUGUUUGUGAGGGGUUAUCUCACUCAUCUGAUCUCGCUGGACCUGCUGCUGGGAAAAAAGGCCCUUCCCAGUGCUGGCCAUGGCAGUGAUGCAGGUGAGAGCUGGAGCAGCUCCCUCACUGCUGAAACUGCUGGAGUUGGUCAGGGAGGAGGCUGGGGUGGGAGGUGGGUGUGACACGGCUCUGUCUGGGGCAGUGGGAUUUUUUUUUUUUUUUUUUUUUUUUUUUUUUUUUUUUUUUUUUUGUUAAUGAGUGAUUUGAUCUGACCAUGAACAUCCCCUCCCUGCUGUACCCUGAGCAGCAUUUCCCUGUGGGGGCCAGUCCCACCUGGGGCUACUGUGUCUCUGAACACUGUUGGCAAACAAGUCCUCAGGCAUUUUUGCAUGUUCCUACUGCUGGCUGGAUCUGAGGUGUACCUUGUGAGACCAUGGAUUUAACCCAUGGCUGGGGGACGUUGCAAACACCCAAAUUAAAGUUGUUAAAAGUUGUUACUGCUCAGUUGGGUUUUGAUGUUGAGGAGUGACAAACAGCUGGUGGGGAAAUGGCACCAGCUCCCUGCUGCUGACAGUGGCUGGACACGAGCCCAGGGGUGCCCAGGUGGGCAGGGCAGGAGGCCCCACAGUGGGCACAGCCCAGGACAGGGAUUGUCCCCCUGUGCUGGCCCCGCUGAGGGACCCCCUGGAAUCCUGGGGGCAGCUCCAGGCCCCUCCCAGCAGGAGAAACCUGGAGGGGCUGGAUGUGUCCAGGGAAUGGAGCUGGGGGGGCUGGGAAAGGGGCUCAGCCUGGAGAAAAGGAGGAUCCAGAGGGAUCUUGUCCCUCUCUGGAAUUCCCUGACAGGAGGGGACAGCCGGGGGGGGAUUUGGGAUCUGCUCCCAGGGAACAGGGACAGGAGCAGAGGGAAGGCUGCGCCAGAUGGGACACCAGCAGGAAUUCCUCCAUGGAAAGAGUGGUCAGGAACUGGAACUGCCCAGGGAGGUUUGGAGUUCCCAUCCCUGCAGGUCCAAGGAACACCUGGAUGUGGCACUCAGUGCUCCGGGCCGGGGACAAGAUUCCAGAGACUUACUAAAGGAAUUUCCACAGCCUAAAAACUUGCUCAACAGCGUGAUUGGCCGAGCCCUGGGCAUUUCCCAUGCAAGGGACAAGCUGGUGUACAUCCACACUAACGGGCCAAGGAAAAAGAAAGUCACUCUCCAUAUAAAGUGGCCGAAGAAUGUGGAAGUGGAGGGCUAUGGGACCAAGAAGAUCGAUGCGGAGCGGCAGGCGGCGGCUGCAGCGUGUCAGCUCUUCAAGGGCUGGGGCUUGCUGGGCCCCCGGAACGAGCUGUUCGAUGCAGCCAAGUACCGGCUGCUGGCCGACCAGCUGGGCUGUCCCGACGAGCGCUGGUGCUCCGAGGGCAAGUGGCGCUCCAAGUCCGGCCCCUCCCUCGCCGACCUGUCCACCUGCUGGCGCCGCAUGGAGCCCGACGAUGCCAUCCAGCCCAUGGAGCAGGGCAGGAUGCCCAAAGCCAUGAGGAGGGAGGAGCUGGAGGAAGGGGAGCUGGAGGAAGGGGAGCUGGAGGAAGGGGAGCUGGAGGAGGAGGCCAUCGAUGUCUCGGAUUACCUGCCCGUGGCACACCAGGACCCUCGCACCCCGGGCAGGGAUGCCAGCCGAGGAGGGAGCUCCAUUGAAAUGACAGAUGACAACACGGCCAUCCGUGCCCUGACGCAGUUCCCGCUUCCCAAAAACCUCCUGGCCCAGGUGAUUCAGAUUGCAACCUCUUCCUCCACAGUCAAGGAGUACAUGCAGUUCCGCACGGUGGGCACCAAGACCAAGAUCUGCAAGCUCACCCUGCGUUGGCCCUGCCCCAUGACCUUCGCUGCCAAGGGCCGGCGCAAGGUGGAGGCUGAGAACAAGGCAGCAGCUCUGGCCUGUCAGAAGCUGAAGAGCCUUGGCCUGGUGGACAAGAACAACAAUCCCCUGAGCCAUGCCAUGUACAACAUGACUUCCCUGCGGGAGCUGGGUGAGAACCAGAGGAAGCCCUGCCACAUCAAAGUCCCUGAGGCCACCCUGCGCAAGAUUGAGAACUACCUGAACCACUAUCCCGUGGACAUCAGGGAGUCCAGGCCCCGGAUUGCUGAUGACAUGAUGAACCUGACCAAGGAAUCUGGUGCCAUCAGCGACGCCAUCACGGGGAAGACCUACAUCCCCAUGCUGGAAGCAGAGGAAGUGCGCCUUAGCCAGAACCUGCUGGCCCUGUGGAAAAGGAGAGGAGCCUCCUGGCAGGAGAGCCACCCGCUGCCAGUAGACCCUCACAAGGACACCAUCCUGUCAGCCAUCGAGCAGAACCCCGUGGUGGUGAUAGCAGGAGACACGGGCUGCGGGAAGACCACGCGCAUCCCGCAGCUGCUGCUGGAACACUACAUCCUGGAGGGCCGCGGCGCGCGCUGCAACGUGGUCAUCACCCAGCCCCGCCGCAUCAGCGCCAUCUCGGUCGCCCAGCGCGUGGCGCAGGAGCUGGGGCCCAACAUGAGGAAGAACGUGGGCUACCAGGUGCGGCUGGAGAGCAAACCCCCUGCCCGGGGAGGGGCCCUGCUCUUCUGCACCGUGGGCAUCCUGCUCAGGAAGCUGCAGGGCAACCCCAGCCUGGAGGGCGUCAGCCACGUCGUGGUGGACGAGGUGCACGAGCGGGACGUGAACACGGAUUUCCUGCUCAUCCUGCUCAAAGGCAUCCAGAAGCUGAACCCUGACCUGCGCCUGGUGCUCAUGAGCGCCACGGGGGACAACCAGCGCUUCUCUCACUACUUUGGGGACUGCCCCGUGGUCAAGGUGCCGGGCUUCAUGUACCCCGUGAAGGAAUACUACCUGGAGGAGAUCCUGGCCAAGCUGGGCCGGCACCGGCACCGGCACUACGAGAUCAAGCAAUCCGACGAUGAGUGCGUCCUUGACCUUGACCUGAUCACCGACCUCGUGCUGCAGAUCGAUGCCCACGGAGAGCCAGGUGGGAUCCUGUGCUUCCUCCCUGGCUGGCAGGAGAUCAAAGGGGUGCAGCAGCGGCUGCUGGAGAUGCUGGGCUCACAGAACAGCCGCUACCUCGUCUUGCCAGUGCACUCCAACAUCCCCAUGAUGGACCAGCAGAACAUCUUCCAGAGGCCUCCACCGGGUGUCAGGAAGAUCGUCCUGGCCACCAACAUCGCGGAGACCUCCAUCACCAUCAAUGACAUCGUGCACGUGGUGGACAGUGGCACGCACAAGGAGGAGCGCUACGACCUCAAGACCAAGGUGUCCUGCCUGGAGACCGUGUGGGUGUCCAAGUCCAACGUGGUGCAGCGGCGCGGGCGCGCCGGGCGCUGCCAGUCGGGCUUUGCCUACCACCUGUUCCCGCGCAGCCGCCUGGACAAGAUGCCCACGUACCAGGUGCCCGAGAUCCUGCGCACGCCCCUGGAGAACCUGGUGGUGCAGGCCAAGAUCCACAUGCCAGAGAAAACGGCAGUUGAAUUUCUCUCCAAAGCUCUGGACAGCCCUGACAUCAAAGCUGUGGAUGAAGCCGUGAUCUUGCUGCAGGAGAUCGGAGUGCUGGACCAGCGGGAAGCCCUGACCACUCUGGGCAAACGCCUGGCCCAGAUCUCCACGGACCCUCGGCUGGCCAAGGCCAUUGUCCUGGCCUCCAUCUACCGCUGCCUGCACCCUCUGCUGGUGAUCGUGUCGUGCCUGACGCGGGACCCCUUCAGCAGCAGCCUGCAGAACCGCGCCGAGGUGGACAAGGCCAAGGCCGUGCUGAGCCGGGAGAGCGGCAGUGACCACCUGGCCUUCGUGCGGGCGGUGGCGGGCUGGGAGGAGGUGCUGCGGCGCAGGGACAGCCGUGCCAGGGACAACUACCUGCAGGACUACUACCUGUACGGGCCCAGCCUGCGCUUCAUCAACGGCCUUGUCAAGCAGUUCUCCGAGAACCUCUACGAAGCCUUCCUGGUGUCGUCCCCGUCUGACUGUACCAUGCCCUCGUCUGUGUGUAACCAAUACAGCGAGGAGGAGGAACUGGUGAAGGGUGUCCUCAUGGCCGGGCUCUACCCCAACCUCAUCCAGGUGAGACAAGGCAAGGUGACGCGCCAGGGCAAGUUCAAGCCCAACAGUUACGCGUACCGGACCAAGGCCGGCACCGUGCUGCUGCACAAGUCCACCAUCAACAGGGAGGCGUCCAAGCUCUACAGCCGCUGGCUCACCUACUUCAUGGCCGUCAAGUCCAACGGCGGCGUCUUCGUGCGCGACUCGUCCCAGGUGCACCCGCUGGCCGUGCUGCUCAUGACUGACACCGACAUCCACGUGCGGGAUGACGGCUGGCGAGCGACGGUGUCCCUGACGGACAGCGACCUGCUGGUGCUGGAGGGGGACUCCUACACCAUCCGCCUGCUGCGCGACUUCCGCGUGUCCCUGUCCAAGAUGGUGGAGACGUGCCUGUGCUACGAGAUGGCCGCGAUCCCUGGGGACCUGCACCACCAGCACAGCCAACUGCUCGACAUCCUGGUGGAUCUGCUCAAGGGCCCUCCCGGCAGCUUCGGCUCGUAGGCGGAGCCGCAGCCUCGUGUGGGGACUUGUAAUUUGUAUAAAGAUGUUCACAAAUGUUUAUUUAAAUAAAGUUCUAUUUAUCCCUUGUGAA